GUGAUCUGACAAGCUCGAAGAAUCAUCGAGAUCGUGAUCGAAUUGAUUUGAUAAUGGUGAAGGAGACGGAGUUUUACGAUGUCCUCGGCGUUAGCCCCACCGCUACGGAGGCUGAGAUUAAGAAAGCUUAUUACAUCAAGGCACGCCAAGUACAUCCAGAUAAAAACCCUAAUGAUCCUCAAGCUGCUCAUAAUUUCCAGGUGUUGGGAGAGGCCUACCAAGUGUUAAGUGAUCCAGGGCAACGUCAGGCCUAUGACACAUCUGGGAAGUCAGGGAUUUCAACGGAGAUCAUUGAUCCCGCGGCUAUAUUUGCUAUGCUUUUUGGGAGUGAACUUUUUGAAGAAUACAUAGGGCAGCUUGCUAUGGCAUCAAUGGCUUCACUUGAUAUCUUCACUGAAGGGGAUCAGAUUGAUACUAAAAAGAUUAUAGAAAAAAUGAGGGCUGUUCAGAAAGAAAGAGAAGACAAACUUGCUCAGAUUCUUAAGGACCGCCUCAACCUAUAUAUGACGAACAAAGAUGAAUUUAUUAGCAAUGCUGAAGCUGAAGUAACAAGACUCUCAAAUGCAGCAUACGGGGUGGAAAUGUUGAACACAAUCGGAUAUAUAUGUCACUUCAUCAAAUCCCAAGUAACAGCUGCAACAGGUGCAUACGCUUUAUUCCAGCUGCAAGAGGAAAUGAAAAGGCAGCUAAGUGUUGAAGGCAAUUAUACCGAGAAGGAACUUGAAGAGUACAUGAAGACCCAUAAGAAAGUGAUGAUUGAUUCUCUGUGGAAGCUCAAUGUUGCUGAUAUCGAGAGCACUAUCUCCCGUGUUUGUGAGCUGGUACUUCAAGAUCCCACUGCCAAGAAAGAGGAGCUUCGUGCAAGGGCCAAGGGGUUAAAAACUCUAGGGAAGAUCUUCCAGAAGAACAAGAUAGCCAGUGAGAGUGAUCCUUUAGUAAGAGCCGAACUUCACAAACUAAACGGACAUGGUCAAGAACAUGAUCAUGCAUCCACAUCACCAAAAUCUGAUGAAGCAUCUCGCUCUACAUUUGGACCUCAGGAACCCCAAAGCCCUUAUGUGGAAACGCCAAAACUUGGAGAAGAGCAAUUCAACCAGUACUUCCCAAGGCCUGCGCCGCCUCCAGGAGCGCAGAGACACUCUUAAACUGGCAAUGGAUUGAUUCAGAUGAACAAGAAGGUUAUUUUCCCUUUUGUGCUAUAUAAUAUAAGUCUUUAUGCAUA